AUGGGCGCCCUCAGCCAAUGUGGCUCCGGCUUCGAUCGAAUCGAGCCGCGCCGAGCCCCCUCGGCCCCGGGCCCCGCCGCGCCGCCGCCCGCCCACGCCGCCCAGCCGCCCAGGGCCGCCCAUGGCGUCGCCGCCGCGCAGCUCGACGCGCCCGACCGGCAGCCGCAGCAGGAGCCGGGAGUGCUACGGACCGCGCGGCCGCAGCCACCGCCGCAGCCCCCGCAGCAGCAGCAGGUCCAGCAACAGCUGGGGGGGCCGCCGCCGCCGGGGCUGCAGCUGCCGGGGCCGCCGCCGGGGCCGCCGCCGGCGCCGCCGCCGGCGCCGCUGGACGAGGAUGCCCUGGCCAUCGCACCCACGCCGACGCCGUCGCCGAUCGACAGGCCCGUCGUGAAGUGCGGGGACAAGUGGUACGUGGCUGGGUGCGGACCUGAUCGUGAGCCACCAAGCGAGGGCCAGGGCAUCGCGGCCGCGCUGGCGGCGCUCCAGGAGCAGCUCACGAUCCACGCGACGCGGGCGCCCUGGUCCGAGCUCAAGGCCUUCCCGCCGGUGCCCUACGUGCCCAUCAUGUGUGCGCCCGUCCAGAUCGCCUGCUUCGCAGAGAUCUUGGCGCGCUUCCGCGCAGCGGGCUACCUGGACUGCCAGGAGUUGCCGGAGGCGGCGAAGCAGAUCGUCAUCCGCCAGUACCUCCAGCACGGAGGCGGCUGCUGGGUCGAGAAGGAUCCCGACGGCCUGCUGACGGCCAGUGGGGCGCAGGGCCAGGGCUCCGCGCCAGCCUCGCCCAGCUCGCGCACCGCGAGCACGGUGGACGGGCAGGCCGCGCCGCGGACGCCCGUGGAGGGCUGGUCGCCGCGGCUCUCGAGCUCGACGUUCAAGGUGCUGGACACCUGGGAGCGCGGCCGCCACAAGAUCCGAGACCGCCGGCCGUCCAUGCAGAGCCUGUACAUCCGGAAGUCCACCCUCUCCUCCAGCAACGCCGUCUGGGGGCAGCUCGGCGACGAGGAAGAGGCCCGCGAGCCGGCCUGGUGGGAGGAGCGGCUGGAGAGGCUGGUCGUGGAGCCGAACUCCUGCGUCUCGGACCCCAUCUUUGAACCACCGAUCGUCCACAUCUGCUGGGAGUCCGUCGGCCUGUGCCUCGUCCUCUACGACGUCGCCACGGCGCCGCUGCGGCUCCUGGACCCCCUGGACGGCGCCGCGUUCUUGCUGGCGGCGUGGCUGGCGCGCCUGUUCUGGACGCUCGACGUGCCGUUCUCCUUCCUGACCGGCUUCGUCUCGCCCCAGGGCAGGAUCGAGCUGCGCGCCGCCCGGGUGGCGGCCCACUACGCCCGCGGCCGCCUGCCGCUGGACCUCGCCGUCCUCGCCUGCGACUGGGCGGAGGCCCUGGCGUCGUCCGCGAGCAGCGCCGGCGCCUCUGGCGACCCGGCGCUGCUGCGCCUGCUGGCGCUGCUGCGGGGCGUGCGGCUGGUGCGGCUGGUGCGGCUGGCGAGGGCCCAGCACAUCGCCGCGCUCGUCUCCCAGCGCGUGCGCUCCGAGGGGGUCAAGCUCUCCGUCUCGAUCGCGCUGAUCAUGUUCGCGCUGCUGGUGUUGAUCCACGUUAUCGCGUGCGCAUGGCACGGGGUGCGCUACGGCCUGGAGCGGGGCACGGCCCAGGGCCAUGGUCUCGGGGAGGAUUAUUUCGAGGCGUUCCACUGCGUGCUGGCGCUAUUCCUGGGCGAGCAUCUGGUGCCGCCCCAGAGCCUGGGUGAGCGCGUCUUCACCAUCCUGGUACUCGUCUUCAGCUUCAUGGUCUCCUCGUGCUUCGUCGGCUCUCUCACCACCGCGAUGACGCAGCUGCGUAUCAUCGCCGGCAAGCGCUCCACGCAGUUCGCCGCCCUCAACCACUACCUCUCCGACGCGGGCAUCUCCCGCGAGCUCUCCGCCCGGGUGGUGCUCAACGCGCGGCACGCGCUGCGCGAGCAGAAGCGCCUCACGCCCGAGAGCAGCGUGGAGCUGCUGCAGCUGAUCUCCGACCCGCUGAGGUGCGAGAUCCACUUCGAGGUCUUCUCGCCAACGCUCACCGUGCACCCGUUCUUCCACCUGCUGAACGGAGUGAACCCGGCGGGCGUCCGGCACGUGUGCCACGCGGCGGUGUCGGCCGUGUCGCUGUCGCGCGGCGACGUGCUCUUCUCGGAGUUCGAGGUGCCGACGUCGCCGCGGAUGUUCUUCGUGUUGCGCGGGCGGCUCAGCUACGCCAGCGGCACGGAGGCGCAGCGGGUCGUCGACCAGGCCUGGCUGUCCGAGCCUGUGCUGUGGACGGCCUGGGCGCACCGGGGCACCCUGCGCGCCCAGGCCGAGGCGAACCUGCUGGCGCUGGACGCGCACAGGUUCAUCAACAUAAUGAGCACCUUCCCCACGCUGCACAGCCUGAACUACGCCACCAAGUUCGUGGAGAACCUCAACACCGAGGGUGCCCACGACUCGUUGACGGACCUCGGGGCCUCGGAGGAGGAGGCCCGGAAGCUCGCCGUGCAGGCCUUCCAGGAGCACGACCUCAACUUCGAGCCCCCCGCCGAAUGGGCCGGCGGAAGGCGGAUGUCCAUCCUGUCCGUGGCGUCGCUGCUCUCCGCGACCUCGCUUGGCGCCACCCGGCCCGGCCGCGUGGCCCUGCCCGGCCGCCGGGCGUCCAGCGCGGAAGUGGCGCCUGCCUCGCCGCGGCCGCCCCUGCCGGACACGUGA